CAUAAAUUAAUUAACGUUGUGAAUGACAGUUGGGAAGAGUCGGGAUGAUUGUCACCUAAGGAUUGAGUUAUUAAACAAUGCGCAAAUUGAAAAAAUAGAAAAUUUCGCAACACGUGUUACCACAGUAGAAAACCAAAUAGUAUCUGUUUUAGAUGCUCAUCUAAGCGAUUUGCGGCGUUUAAUCGAUGAAAAUAAAGCAUUACGUCUUAAUUUAGGAAACCUCAAUUCACGUAUUUCAUUGAUUGACGAAGAAAAUUUUCUAUCUAAAGCUGCCUUAUUGGAUAUAACUGAACGCUUAAACGAAAUCAAGUCUUCAUUGUAUUUUGAGAAAGAAAAUACAGAAAUUUUAAAAAUCAACUAUGAAUAUUUGCCGAUAGAAAACUUUAAGUUAAAAGAAGAAAAAUUUAAAUUAAUUAAGGAGCUAGAACGUCUUCGUUUAAUAUUAAAAGAACAGUAUUUAAAAAAAAAAAGUGUUAGUGGUUCUGUCGAUAAUGAAAAAAUAGCUGAAGAAACGGAACAAAUAUUUCAAUCAAUCACAUCAUUGCAACAAGAUGUAUACCGUAAAAGUAGCAAACUAACGGAACUCACACAAAAAAGCUAUGAUCAAGAUAAAAUUAUUACCAAACUUCAAGAUACGGUUGUAUAUGACCAAUUGAAAAUUAAUGUUUCAAUGAAGCAGUUGACACCAAAUCCUCCUAUAGUUUUGGCUAUAACAGAGUCGCCGAAUAUGGGAAAGACACCAAAUGAGGUUGAACCUUGUACAAAAGAAAACUUUACGGAAAUAGACAAUGGUGGAAAAAAAGGGACGGUGUCUUCUCAAAUCAAACGUAAAGACACUUUCCACGUUUCGUUAUCAGAGCAGUUGGAUAAAACAGGACUAUCUUUUUCUAAAGAGAAGCAACCUCCAAGUUUUUCUUCGUCGACGACAUCGAUUCCAACAUUUGUGGUUCCUCCUUAUUGCUUAAUGCCUGUUGUGCAUGCUUAUAUUGAAGACGGAAAAGAUUUGAUAAAUAAAACGAUGGAUUUGCCUGGUUUUUCUAAUUGUUACGCAAAAUUAGAAAGAGGUCGAAUAUUACUGUUUCAAACGACUCAGACAGAUUCCGCUUUACUUACGUUUUCCGCUGACCGUUGGCGUAUAACUGUCAUCUUUAAAAAUAACCUGUUAAUUCUUCAUGAUAUAACCAAAAAAAAUCCGAGCAACUGUCAUUUACUUUUUGUUAACCCUUUACAAAACCUUAAAACUUGGUGUUCCGGUGUGAAGAAAAGUGGAUUUCCCGUUGUUUGGGACAAUAAUGGAUCUCAUGAAAUUUUGCAUUGUCAUGAAAUCCAAGAAUUCGUUAAGCAGCAUUGCAAUCAAAACCAAAAUAGUUUUGAUAACGGCGAUGAUACUUUAACGAAUUCCAAUUCAUCGCAAGCUUUUGUAUCUGAGGAAAAAUGGCAAAAAAAAAAUUGUUGGAAAAAAACUCAUAACCUAUUUUCAAAUAAAGCUUUUUCACAAAGCAACAUGUCUUCUUUAAACUCUCAAAAAGGCGACCAACAGCGCCACCCUUUUACAGGUCAUCGGCGUAUAGACCCGCCCGAUGUAUUCCAUGCUCAAGGAGUUAUUAAUGUAAAACAACUUUUCGCGAAUUCAAUCAGUAACAAUAAGGUACUUGAUUCGGUUAGUGGGAAUGCUACCGGCAAAAAUAUGAGUGUUUAUAACAAAAGCACCACCCUUUCCAGCGAUAUGAACACCGAGGAUCUUUCUAUAAACGAUACGAAUGAAAAUAAUUUGAAUACAGUGCUUUUGGGUUCUUCAUCAAAAAAAAAAACAGAUUUUUUUGACCAAUCCUCACCAGUUAACUCGCAAUUAUCGUUUCACAUGAAAAAUAUUAUAUCUGAGGAUUUUUCACAUUUUCAAGAAAUUCUACAAAGUGAGUCUGAUUUUAGUACAUCCACAGAACCUUUGUCUGAAGAAGCCGUGAAUAACAUAUUUGAUGAAAAAUUACAACAACCAUCAACACAUGAAAACGAAAAACGUGGAAUAAAUGUGAAAUCUUCUAUAAAUCCGUCAGACCCUUUUCCCAAAACGACAAAAAAAAUACCUUCUGCUAACGGCUUGACCGAUAUUUUUAUGACGCAACAGAAAAACAAAGUUUUUUUUCCUGAGAAUUCCAACCUUAAAAGUGACUCGAACACUUCUCCCUUAAAUACGUUCGGUUAUACGAAAAGUAGCACUUAUGUGAAAGCAUCACCAUUAACUUUUGGAAAGAAUUUAGAUAAAAAAGAUACUGGUAGUGAUUCUUAUAAAACUUACGCUUCAACUAACAAUGGUAAAAUAGAAUCCAACGACAUUACAAAAAUUAAAAAAGAUGUACUGAACAAUUUUUUUUCUAAAAGUAUGGAAUCAAAUGUCAAUGAGGUUGAGUACAGUGCAUCAGAUAAAAUGAGUUCAAAAGAAGACUCAACUCUAACGCAAUCCAGUGAGACAACUUCUUCCUACCUAUCUUAUUUAAAACCCUCUUUAAAAAAGGUUAACGAGGACAGUCGUGCACAAAAAAAUAACUUUUUCAAAAUGGUUCCUUCAAAUGACACGGUACAAGUCUCAGCUGAAGCAAGCGAUAUAAAUGGGGACCCGCCUUUCCUAGAUGACUUUUUUGAGGGUCACAACAACAACGAAAAACGCCAGGUGAAAAAAAAAAGUGACAAAGUCGCUUAUAACAAGAAAAAGUCUCGUUCCUCACGUCCACUCACUGAGACAAAAAUUUCAAACGCACUGUCGGGAAGCACUCCCUUGAAGACAAACAAAUACAGUGAUAAAAAAAACAAAACACAAGUUUCACGUCACGAUGAAAAGUCGAAUUCUCAAAAGAACAAAGUUUCCAAAUCUUCAACAGACAAAACUUAUGAUAACAGUGAGUCACCUGUACGAUCCUUUUCGCUACUUGAAUCAAAACACGCCACACCUUCCGAAACAUCUCGCGUAACACGUCUUGUGAAAAAACGCAAUGAAUCAGAAGGAGAAAAAUCUGUUUUGGAGAUGUCUGAAACAAUAUCAUCCAAGUCAUCCAAUGAUAACGUUAUUUAUUCAAAGAACGGAACAAAAAACAAAUUUAGAUUUAUAUUUAUUUUUAAUGACGGAUCCUUGAAUGGUUCAAAAAAAUUAAACACAUCUUCACAACUUGAAAGAAAAAAAGUACCUGAUAUACAAGAAUCUAUUGAAUUCUGGGAUGAACCUUCAAAAGAUUAUGAAACGUGUAUUGCUUCGUUAAACCUUUCACAUGGUAACACUCUAGAUGUAACGCGAAGCGACAGAAUAAUUAAAAAAAAAAGUGGAGCCCUUACUCAACAACAAGCCAUGUUUUCACGUGACUCGCUUCAAAUGAUUUCUAAUGAGUCUCAAUUGAAGUCGCCUUCAUAUGAAACGAAAAUUUCGAAAAAAGAUACUUUGACGCAAACGGAUGUCGGUAGUGAUCAACAAUACGUACUUGAGAAAUUUGAUAAAGAAACAAUGACAAGUAGAGAAAACUUUAAGAUUCAACGACUACAGCAGGCAAUAUUGUGUGAUUUCAAUUGUCCUACCGGUUUAAGUCCAACUAAAGCAUUGUUACCAAAAACGUUUAAUAAAAUACGUUUAUUAUUGGAUUCAAAAAAUUCGACUAUAACCCUUCAAAAACAUGUUCUUAGUGAUUUUGAUUUAUUUGAAACCGAUCAAUUAACAUGGAAUUAUGAUGACAAGGAAAACUCUUUUACACUAUUUUAUGAUACAUAUAAUGCAACUGAACCCAAUAAGUUCAAUUAUCUUCAAUUACGUCCUUAUACGCAAGACGAUUUCAACAGUGUGCUUGACCAUUUCAAAAAAAUGAAGUGGAAAAAUGUCACUUCCCAGACUUCUGAUAUAACACCCUUUCGUAAAGUACUUUCAAAGCCUCCAAGUCAUGAAAGCUUUCAAAAAGACUGGGAUAUGACAGCCAAUGCGUCCAUCAAACCGAUAGAAUUGAAUAUACCUGACAUAAGUCAAUUGACUCAUGUGGAUUGUAAAACGGAAGAAGACAUUGAUGAAACCAACGAUAACCCGCCGAUUGAAAAAUUAACAAAGAUAACAUUUGAACCUCGUGAUUGUGUCUUUUCAAUCAAUCCAAAAGAUAACGAAAUCACCCUAACACGCAAUGCUGGUGAUCGUGAUGAAGAAACAUUUACCUUUAAAACAGACAAUGAGGAUUCUUUUGAAGCCACUAAAAGUGAUCUUAUAAAAAAUUCAUUUGUUUUCAAUCAACAAGUCGAAAAGCCGAAUAAUCAACCUACACGACAAGUGUGCAUUGUCGAAAAAGGUCGUAUAAAAUUGUAUAAAAAAUAUAUUAACGAACAUCAAGAACCGACGUUUGAAUUUCACGCCAAUGAAUAUUGGGGUAUAACCAAUGCUGUUCGAAAGGAAAUAUUUUUAUGUCAUAUGAACUCUGACGGAACAGUUAAUAAAAAAUUAAUUGAUUGUUUUUCUAACAAAGUUUGGAAACGAUGGUAUACAGCGUUACUUUUUGGAGGCUUUAUCAAAGACAUAACACCAGAUGAUGAAGAGAAAUUAAAAUCUUUGAAUCUUCUUGUUAGAUAUGUCUUCCCUAUACGAUUUUUCAAUUUCCAAGAAUACAAAAAUAACCCGUCUGUGCGCGUAACUGAAAAUGGCAUUGAUGUUUAUGCUCUACCGGAUGAUGAAAAACCCACAAUGACUUUUUUAAAAAACCAUACGCAAAUUUUUUCUGAUUUAAAAAAUAGACGAUUUCGUUUAUUUCGAUAUCGUUAUACAGCAAAAGAAGAACAAUGCGAUUUAUUGUUGAAUCUUACUAGCGACUUUGACAUUAUUCUUGCCAAUUUGGAAAAGUAUAAUUUUUUGUCAACUAAUGUCUGUCCAAUGAUUAAAGAAAAAGUUAAAAGUACAACUCAACUAAUUCGCGCUCAAAAAUUUUCUCUUGAUGUAUAUCCUGUUCCCGAAACGGAAAAACCGCACUUUAGUUUAUCAGCUUUCGACUAUAUAGCAGAAAUCAAAUACGAAGAGUCUUGUAUCCGAAUCAUCAUUCGUCCACGAACGACUUCUGAGGAGUUACAAACUGCUGCUGCUUUUGAAAAAUUAGCAGGAGGAUUUAAAAAAAAAACUAUUAGCCAACGACUUUCUCUACCAGUAUUUUCUUUUUCUCUUACUAAUACUUCAAAUUUGGAUACAUGGCGCUUUGCUUUUUUUAUCACACAAUUAGAGAUGUUUCCUAAAGAUACUCCAGAAUUAUUCUUACCUUUCAUUCUCUAUAAAUUUUUCACAAAUGAUUUUCCCUCAACCACUUUAAAACCGAAAAAUCAAUGGUUCCCAUUCGUUCACAGUGUGUCAAAAAAAAAUAUCGCAGAUCAUAAAAAAAUUGAAAAGAAAUCUUUGUGGGAAAAAAAAAAAAAAGAAAGAAUUUUAAAGCAAGAGGCAAAAUCGUUUCCAGAUGAAGAUAUAUUAUUAACACAAUGACUUGCAAAACAUUAGAAAUAAUUGUUUUAUUCAUUUUACUGUAUUAUUUUAACCAAAAAGAUAACGACUUUUAUUUGAUAGAAUUCAAUAACAAUACAACGUAUAGUGUCGCAUUUUUUCAAGUUGAUUUUUUGAAAAAUACCAUUCUAUUGUUAUUAGUUCUGCAUAGAAAAAUUCAAUUAUUUUAUUAAAUACUCAAUUUUCCUUUAAAAAUAAACUCCUUUGUAAUGCUAAA